AGAGACACUGACAGAGAGACACGGAGACACUGACAGUGAGAGACACUCAGCCACUGAGAGACACUGACAGUGAGACACGGAGACAAAGAGACACGCACAGAGACAUAGUCAGAGACAUUCGCUCACCGGCUGGUCAGUCGCCUCCUUGUCGCUCUUCUAUCGCGACUACCGUGGGCUUGGCUUCGACCCCCGUGAGAUCGACUCAGCCAUUGAGGUCGUGGCGUCCCCACACUCCGUCCUUCGACCACCGAACUUCUUGCCCGGCACUUCCCCGGCAACUCCGAUUAACACGGUUGGCAAUCUCUUAACAACAACAAUAAUAAUAAUUUACUCGCUUAAUUCAAGGAGCCGUGUUAUCGAUGAAGCCCGUGAAUGAAGAGAACGCAAGCAGCGAGAUGUUUCCCCACUUGACGGUUAAACACGAAGAUGCCGAUGCCGGGACAGUUGUGAAGCAAGAAGAUGAAGAGAGUCUGGGCACUGAGAUACUGAGGAUUAUCGUGAAAACGGAAGUCGAUGAAGAUGUUCCGGAUCCAAAUUCCUUUCAAGUUGAAGACGCCAGUGAGAGACCGGAGGAAACGGAGGAUUCCCAUGGGCAUGCCGACACUCCAGAUCAGAACUUCAUCGAGGUGGAGUUAUCGGACGGGGACGUAUGUGAUGAUGAAUCGGAAAGAAGGCGGCUUCUGUGCAAGGCGUGCGGGAAGGGCGGUUCCUCCGGAGCGAAAACGGACGGAGCGAGAUGCAGCGGACCGAGCUCACAAACCUGCAGGCGGUGCGGGGAGUCACUCGAAGACGACGCGCCGCGUGUGGCGACCGUCGCCACCGGUGGGAGGAGGCACACGUGCAAAGAGUGUGGCAAGGCGUUCUCGACGCGUUCAAAUUUAAACACGCAUUUCAGAACGCACAGCGGAGGGCGGCCACACGUGUGCACGGAGUGCGGGAAGGGAUUCUCAACGCACGCCAGUCUGGAGACGCACUUGAGACUGCACAGGGGCGAGAAGCCGCACGUCUGCAAGGAGUGCGGGAAGGGCUUUGCGCACCGUUCCAAUCUGGGGAAGCAUGCAAAAACGCACGCCGGCGAGUUGCCGUACGUGUGCGAGGAUUGCGGGAAGGGGUUCACGUGGCGCGAGUGUUUGAGGGUGCAUUCUGUCAUGCACACGGGUCAGUGGCCGCACCUGUGCAAGGCGUGCGGGAAGGGCUUCGCGCAGCGCUCCGACCUGGAGAGGCACGCGAGGACGCACACCGGCGAGAAGCCGCACGCGUGCAAGGAGUGCGGGAAGGGCUUCGCGCAGCGCUCCGACCUGGAGAGGCACGCGAGGACGCACACGGGAGAGUGGCCGCACGUGUGCAAGGAGUGCGGGAAGGGCUUCGCGAAGCGUUCCGACUUGGAGAGGCACACGAGAGCGCACACCGGCGAGAAGCUGCACAUUUGCAAGGAGUGCGGGAAGGGCUUCACGCGGAUCUACACUUUAAAGAGUCACGCAAUAACGCAUACUCUGGGGUGCAAACCCUGAGUCCGAAUUCUGUCUCCAUUGAUGUAUGCAUGUACGUAUGUGGAACUUCUUUCGCACCGUGCGUAGCCAACCGUGCUAAUCGGAUGUGAGGGUAGGAGUGGUGAAUGUUAUUUGUUUGUAUAAUACCGUUGUCCAACUGUGUCCUGUUAACUAUACGUAAUGAGAAUGGAGUGAUUGAUUCCCUUAAAAGGCAUGUGCAGAGCCGUACCUAGGAUACACGGUGAAUCGGGGCGACUGCCCCGGGCCCCGCACUUUGGGGACCCGCCCCCAAUGCUUUGACGUCACGGUGUCAGACGUUAACACUUCCUGGGGCAAAUUCAGCUGUACCCACAGUUUGAUUUGCCCCAGGCCCUGCACGCCCUCCCACCCCCAUGGAUGGGCCUAUGCACUGGUAACUCUCAAUUAUCCAUGGGUGGAUUAUCCGGGUCGCAGAUUUACACAUUAUAAGUGCGUUGGUUUUACGAGCCGCUCCGCAACUCGUCGCGGGCCCAUUAUUCACUGCCCACGUGACCGCACAAUAUUUAUGCAGAUAAAUUGAUUAAGAAACAAUAAAAAUAUUAAUUCCAAAUAUUACUACUUCUUCAUUAACAUUUUGUAUAGUUUCGCAAUUACGAUUUGCAUGCCCUAAUUUGCAUUCGUUUUAUCCGGAUUUUACUCUGACCGCCGUUAACCCCAGACAAUCAAAAGUUGACCUGUCACGAAUUGGGAAACACGUCUUAAGUCGAUAGUGGUCAGGCUAUAUAGAUGACAUGAUGGUACGGAGAAAAACAUUUAAAGCACGUAACAUUGAAAAUUAUUCCGUCGUGAAUGAUUUGAUGCGUACAUCAAGUGUCCUCCAUAUCAGAAGUAUUUAGGGCCAAAUGAUUGUUCCUUAAAAUAAGAACGUGGUUAAUUGUCAAGCUACUGCUGGAAUAAGGCCUUCCCCAGGCCGUGUGUUAUGCUUGGGAGUUUAACCAUACUUCACCACGCUAGUUGUGAGGAUGAUGAUUAACUGUAUACUUUUUUGCAUGGCUAAACAUUGUAAUGUUUUUUUUUACCAUGAACGAGUAUGUUGCAUUCACGUGCAGUGUUCAUCGAGCAAAAAGCUUCAAUGAAUCUAAUAAGUCAGCCGUCAAGAUGGCUGCCAAGUGGCCGCACCCAUGUGUUCCUCUGCUCAUCUACCGUAACUAAAGUUAUAAUUGCAUCUACCCUGUCCUAACCAAUCUAAUUAAAUGACAUUUAAACACAAA